AGGUCUGUGGGAGAUGAGAUCGGAAGCUUUGAGACGGACGGCGAGGCCAUCACCAUUGGCAGCUUCAAGGCUGAGGAGGGCCCUGCCUACUUGUCGGGCGCGCGUGAAGGCUGGCAGCUGAAUCUGGUGGAAACCUUCAAGUCGCGCGACAAUCUCCGUGCCCUGGGACAGUUGACGCGGCAAGGUGUGCUGGAAUCGCCAGCGGCGUUGCUGACACUGGAGGGCGUGAAGUUGAUGUUCGAACCGCGGGACGCUUCCAACACCUGCUAUUCCACCUGCUACUGCGACAUGUUCGACGCCGUGACGUGCCCCACGAAUUGCAUUGAGCUGCGCUGGGUCACCGACGGCGAUGGGCGCCACAGCCCCGACAGCCGCUGGGGGGUCUUCGCCCUGGUGACGCCCGAUUCCAAGAGCACGCCGGACGAGUCGGUCAUCGAAAGUCUGGCCGACAAGUGGCUGUCCGCCACACAGAUGGCGCGAGGUCCCGAGGGCGCUAUCUCGGUGGAACCCGAAGAUUGGGAUGAGUCACGAUUGAGGGCGCUGUGUGCCCGUCAUGGCUGGCAAUUUGAGUGGAUGACCGAGGAAGGCGAGAAGCGGCGCCGCAUUGAGGGCGCCAACGACGCACGGCGCGCUGCCGAGAGGGCUGCGAAGAAGGUGCAAGGGCCUAGCUCAGCUGGUGGCGCAGCCUGGUGGCGUUUGGAUUCCGUGGUCAAGGCCUUUGCCUUCGGCAACAACACGCAGAAGCCCAAGAUUCAGCCGCCUCCGAAGCCAAAGCACAUGAUGAGUGACAAAGUCACCCAAGAGGGAGCUGAUCCCUCAGUCGCACGAGUGAAACCACAGGAUGUGAAACUGCAGUCCAAGCUGCGGUGAUGGCGGUGCCACGGCAACAAAAUCCUUGGCAUCGAGGAUGAUCCAUAUCGGAUUUAACAUGAUUUACCCUCUG